CAAUCAUCAUCACACAAACCUUGUGAAGCUUUCCUAGUAAUCCGAGAGCAUUUAGUCUCUAAAGUAAGCGAUAAUUCGAAUGUUUCCAGGAAAUAGCCGCGAUCCUAAUCAGCUUCCAAAGACACGCGGAGUGGCAAAGCCGGGAGGUGAAGGUCCGCCCACGAAGUGGUUCGAUGCUGCUCUAUUCAAGGAAGAAAGUGAGGUAUCGGCGCGACGGCUACUGCUGGAAGAAGAGGAAGGACGGCAAGACCACUCGGGAAGAUCACAUGAAGCUCAAGCAGACACUGAACUGGUCCAAGGGGUGGAAUGUAUUUACGGUUGCUAUGUCCAUUCAGCGAUUUUGCCGACAUUUCAUCGUCGCUGCUACUGGUUGCUCCAAAACCCUGACGUUGUCCUGGUUCAUUACUUGAACGUUCCUUAUCCGGAUGGUGACGCGAAGCUGGCUGCCCUGCCGCCGUGCCUGGCGCUCCCGCCGGAUAAGAAAGAGUGGACUCGUGAUGAGCUGGCUUCUCAGUUGAGGCCUAUGUUCCUCGGAAGCGAUGAUGAUCCUAAUAAUCCUCAUCUUUCUCAGCAUAACAAUCAUCCGGUGGAUAUGAUUGUUACUCAAUUGUUGGAUAGGCAGCGCGCGUCGACGAAUACUUCUACUGCAGCAGCACAAUUGGCACCAAGAAGAUUGACACCAGAUAACCAGGUAACUUCGACGACUGGAGGCCAGCAACCAUCAUCAACAGCAUCGACAGCUCCGCGAAUAUACUCUCGACAUUCCCACUCGGGCCAGAACCAGCAACCAGCGCCUCUGGUGCUGAGUUUGCAGCAAAUCCAAGGUGGCGGCGGUCUCCUGAUCCUUAACAGCCAGCCGUACCACCAGCAGCCUCAGCCCCAACCUCAGUCCCAACAGGUGGAGAUGCAAACUGUUGGGGAGCAGACCCUGGUCCAACAGACCGGGAGCGUUGAUAGAGAACAGCAGACUCACCAGCAAGACCUGGACACCAAGGACUCGAUCGAGCUGAACACGCACCAGACAAUCACCGCGCAAGGGAACUCCGGGCUGACGGACUUCGUCGAGACUCUGGACCUCAGUCAGGAGGACAUCCAGCGGACUCUUUCCGCGAACAUGAUCCCUCCGUCACCGUCACCCUCGCCAGCCGACAAUCACAUCAUCAAUCCGAUGGACUUCAUUGAUUCUUCUGAUGACGUCCUCGUUAACCUCGACGCCUUUGACGUAUUCGGCGAUCUUCCAGAGCUUAAUGACUUUGAGACUCAUGAGCACAAACCAGAGAUUGACAGGUCAGGUUCACAGUCCGACAGCGCUUGUCAUCCUGGAGCUACCGUCCAUAUUGCCGAGUACAGUCCUGAAUGGAGCUAUACUGAAGGUGGAGUCAAGGUGCUGGUAGCUGGACCAUGGACCGGAGGUAGCGGUUCGCAGUCGUACUCAGUGCUAUUCGACGCAGAGCCAGUAGAAGCGUGUCUGGUCCAGCCUGGCGUGUUACGUUGUCGGUGUCCUGCCCACGCACCGGGGAUCGCUUCACUACAAGUAGCUUGUGAUGGAUUUGUCGUGUCAGACAGCGUUGCAUUUGAAUAUCGACGGGCCCCUGCUACUGAGCCUAGUCCAGAAAAGGCACUACUAGAUCGAUUGGCCGACGUCGAAUCAUGCUUACAAGGACCAGGACCACCCUCACCCGCAGUACAUCUUGAAGAGCGACUCGUUACUUACUGUCAGGAUGCCGUUGUCCGUCCAUGGCGAGCUGGAGCCGAACCACUGCAAUCCGGAGGACCAACCCUUCUUCACCUGGCCGCAGGAUUAGGAUACUCCAGACUCGCUUGCGCGCUGCUUCACUGGAGAUCCGAGAACCCCAGCAGCGUUCUGGAUGCUGAAGUAGAUGCUUUGAGACAGGACGCCGCUGGUCUGACGCCUUUAGCUUGGGCCUGUGCAGCUGGGCACGCUGAUACCGCUCGUAUUCUUUAUCGGUGGAACGCGAUGGCGCUGCGCGUUCGAGAUUGUCAGAACCGGAGCGCAACAGAUCUGGCGACGGAAAACGGGCACUCGGAUAUUGCCAAGGAGCUGAACCGGCUGGAGGCACGGAGACAAGAUGAGAGACUCUUCCUGAGACCGGCGAGUCCUAGCCCAAGGCGGCCCUCCCAGGACAGCGGUCUCGAUCUUACCUUGUGGGAGGAAGACGUGCGGGUGCUGACGUUGGCCGAACAAAUAAUAGCCGCACUUCCAGAGAGAAUAAAGAGAGAGGGUGAUCCUUCGUCGCCCUCCCUUCCACCCUCGCCGCCAUCCUCAUUGACCCCGCUCGAGGAUGCUUUUAUGGAGCAAAUGCCGCUCGACUCCGGGGAGUUAUUCGAUUCAUAUCGUGAGUGUGGAGGUGCAGCGUCUGUGUCCGACGUCGACGCGGAAGCAAGUCCGUCCAGUCCGUCAAGCAGCUGUUUGACACCCGACUCACCCUCACCGCCGCCUACCACUGCCGACUUCUGCGAGUUUCUCCAGCUGCAGCUCCAAUUAGACGGCGGAAACCCCCACCAUCAUCACCGUCAUCACCACCAGAGCCAUAAUCAUCAGCAAAAUCACCAGCAGCACUCUUCCAACGAGUACGACGACUACAUGAACGGUAACCUUACCGAGAGGAGCAGCGAGGGCGAAGCCGACCUCAGCCGCCUUACCCUCUCGGACCGUGAGCAGCGCGAACUCUAUCACGCUGCCCGGAUGAUUCAGAAGGCUUAUCGCAAUUACAAGGGCCGCCAGCGGCAAGAGGAAGCCGAGAGACACGCUGCUGUCCUUAUUCAGCAGUACUACCGCCGACAUAAACAGUACGCUUAUUACAGACAAGCCACCAAAGCUGCCCUGGUGAUUCAAAGCAACUAUCGCAACUACCGUGCUCGUCCUGGAUCCACUGGCACAAGACAGCAAUCUGUUCAUCAGCAAGCUGCUCAUCAGGCUGCUAGGAAAAUUCAACAGUUUAUGCGACAAUCUAAAAUCAAGUAG